UUCACACCUUUCUCCUCACUCAUAUAGAGAAUCUCAAAAACACGAGAAAGCACAGUCGAAAGAACCAAAAAAAAAACGAAAAUGGAGAAACUGACUUUCCUCUCGCUUCUCUUGCACUUCGCCGUCUUCAUCGCUAGCACAUCUCAGUCAUCUUCAAUCCUAUUGAACGAUCGUAGCUUCGAGAUACCGAACUUGCCUUCAUCGCGCGCCGAGAAGCUGAUCCGUGAGCUGAACCUCUUCCCGAAUCUGGAAGUAAACGUGAUCGACGUCGGUGAUUCGACUCUCACUUCCGACGAGGAGUUACCUUCGAUUGUCGAACGGAGAUUCAUAUUCCCGAACAUCCUUCCCGAUGGCGGCCCCCCUUCCCUCGAGGAUCUAGGUCAUCAUGCUGGUUACUACAAGCUCCCCAAAUCUCAAGGCGCAAGGAUGUUUUACUUCUUCUUCGAGUCGCGUAGCAAGAAAGAUGCUCCUCUUGUGAUUUGGUUGACGGGAGGGCCUGGAUGCAGCAGUGAAUUAGCUAUGUUCUAUGAGAACGGUCCUUUCAAGCUCGACAAGAACAUGUCUCUUGCUUGGAAUGAGUAUGGUUGGGACCAGGCUUCCAAUCUCCUGUAUGUUGACCAGCCUGUUGGAACUGGUUUCAGCUACACCUCUGACAAAACUGAUAUCCGUCAUGACCAAACCGGAGUUAGCGAUGAUCUCUAUGACUUUCUGCAGGCUUUCUUUGCGGAGCACCCUAAGCUGGCAAAUAAGGACUUUUACAUAACUGGAGAGUCAUAUGCUGGGCAUUACAUUCCGGCUUUUGCCUCCCGGGUCCAUAGAGGAAACAAGGCUAAUGAGGGAAUCCAUGUGAACCUUAAGGGAUUCGCUAUUGGAAAUGGGCUUACAGAUCCUGCGUACCAAUACCCAGCAUAUCCUGACUAUGCGUUUGAAAUGGGUUUAAUUACUCAAGCAGAGCAUGAUCGUUUAACUAAGAUUGUCCCAUUGUGUGAACUAUCAAUUAAGAUUUGUGGAACUGAUGGAACAACUUCCUGUUUGGCGUCAUAUCUUGUUUGCAACACCUUGUUCAGCGGUGUAAUAAAUCAUGCUCAUGGAGUUAACUAUUACGACGUCAGGAAGAAGUGCGAGGGAAGUUUGUGCUACGACUUCUCAGACAUGGAGAAAUUUUUGAAUCUGAACUCGGUGAGAAAGUCGCUUGGUGUUGGGGAGAUAGAGUUUGUGUCCUGUAGUACUAGUGUCUAUCAGGCAAUGCUACAAGACUUGAUGAGGAAUCUCGAGGUUGGAAUUCCCGAGCUCUUGGAAGAUGGAAUCAACCUUCUUGUGUAUGCCGGAGAAUAUGAUCUCAUCUGCAAUUGGCUCGGUAACUCGAGGUGGGUGCAUGCAAUGGAGUGGUCAGGGAAAGAGAACUUUAAGGCGGCUAAGGAAGUUCCCUUUGUGGUUGAUGGUAAAGAAGCAGGCAAGGUUAAGAGUUAUGAACAACUCAGUUUCCUCAAGGUGCAUGAUGCGGGACAUAUGGUUCCAAUGGACCAGCCAAAAUCUGCGUUGAAAAUGUUGGAGGGAUGGAUGAAGAAGUCGCUUGGUGGAGGAGCUGCUGUGUCUACUACAACUACAGAAGAAGAUGAUAUGGUUUCUCAGAUGUAAUAACAGCAAACAAAGAAACAGUGUGGACUGUGUGUUGUGUAAGCGCUUGACGUUUCCUUCUGUAAUUUGAUCUCUAAAAGAAAACUAUAUAUGUAGGGGUUGUACAGUGUUAAGCUCAAAACCCUUGUGAACCAAGAAAACAUAUUCUAAAAAGAAAAAAAAAAGAUUAACCAUUACUACACUUA